UCAAAUGAAUUUUAAAAAAAUGACCUAAAUAUGUAGCGCAAGGUAUUCGGAACAAUGUGAAUUAUUUGAACAAACAAUGUGUCAGAGCGAACACGGACGCAGCUAUGACGCAGAACGGAGACAAACUUCACGACUAAAUUAAUACCGUUAUCGAACAAACUUCUGAACUAAACUAUUAUAAUCGGACAUUGGAGUACACUUCGCACGACUUGCGGCCGUAUAUUAUUAUGUUAAUCAUUUCCAUACUAAUUGUAAACGGAGAGUUCUUUUAUCGUGCCCACUUCUUGAAGAUAAGAUAAAAAUGUCAUUUGUGUCUCUUCGUUGCAACUAUAGAGCCGUUUUUUAGUUAUCGUUUUUUCUCGUUAUUUUAACAUUUUUGUGGUGUAAAAAGUGGAAAUGAAAAGUGAUGAGGUGUUUGUAUGCAGUUUUUUUGAGAAAUGUUAGAUUCACGUACGGUUGCAGUGAUGCAUAACGCUAGGCCUCUCGAUGUUGCUGAAACAGGUGAACGUCACAGAAAUCGGUCAUCAUCGUGGACGUCAAGGCGAUGGCAAAAUGGUCUUUUCAGACAAGAACCAAGAUAUUCACUGCAAUGUCAGACUGAUGAGAACAGCUUCCUGCUUCGUCUGAAGAUAAUAGGAGCUAAUUCAUUGGCGAAAAAGGAUAUAUUUGGUGCUAGCGAUCCAUAUGUCCGCGUCGAGCUGCAGAAGGUGGACGGUGACGUCACGAUUGAAACAUUCCUUACUAAGACGAAGAAAAAGACAUUAAAUCCAGUAUGGAAUCAGGAGUUUAUAUUUCGGGUGAAACCUCAAGAGCACAAGCUGCUGAUACAAGUGUUCGACGAGAACCGUCUGACGAGGGACGAUUUCCUGGGCAUGGUGGAGGUGCCCCUGGGGUCCGUGCCGGCCGAGUCGGCGGCCAGCACUCGGCCCAAUGUCGUUAAGUACCCGUUGCGACCGCGCAGGUCCGUUGCAAGAUCGAGAGUGCGUGGCUACAUCGAGGUGUACCACGCUCUGGUCGGCAGAGUAGGUGAUCCCGCCACGGACGAGGCCGCCAACCGCACCGCCGACGACUGGGAGAUGGUGGAGCCUAUCAACCAAGUCGGAACCGUGCAACCGGUCCACGACACGAGUGCGGGCGGGGCCGGCGCUGACGAUGAUUGGGAGCUGGUCGACGCGAGUCAACUCCUUAACAUUACGAUAGGAGGCGACGCUUUGCCGCCGGGCUGGGAAGAGAGACAGGACGCUAAUGGCAGAACGUAUUACGUGAAUCACAUUGAGAGGACCACGCAAUGGGAAAGACCAACUUUCACUCGCCACAUGAGCGUGGAGUCCCAGGCCGAGAGGAUAGAGAACGCCGCCACCGAAUUCCAGAGGCGGUUUCACAUCUCGGCAGACGAGGAGCGAGCCUCCAGCCCGGCGCCUGCGCCCCAGCAGGGGGAUGUAAACAGUACGAACUCGGAAGUGACGUCAGCCGAAGAAACCCCGUUCGCCACGCCCGAUAGGUCGCCGGAAUUGAGGAGAAACGAAAACGAACCAGAGCCAAGGAUAGCGACUAGCAUUAGUGUAACCGACUGUGAUAAUAUUGAUAGUAGUUUAAGCAAUAAUGAUACAAGAGAAGACGACGACGUUGUCUGCGCUAAUGAGAUUAGCAGGGACGAAGCUGUCAAUGAGACGGUCAAUACGGAAGCCGAUGAGACAGAAAGAGACGGAAACAACACAAACGCUCAAGACGACGCAGACGAUAACGAUCAGGCUAGUCAAGACACCGUCGACAAUGGAAACGUUCUACAGCAAACCGAGAACAAUGGAAACGAUCUUAACGAUGAAACAACGAACGAAGCGCGCAUAGAACAACCAGUUAUUGAAGACACGUUGACGUUCGACGAGAAUCACUUUAGUACGCCGACAGGCGGGGUCUCUCCGGAGAGGUCGCCGCGGACACGACGCCGGAGGACCACGACCAGCUCGAUGGAGGACUCGGAGGACGAGACCGAUGGCUCCACCGAAAGCACGAGGAGUAGCGCCAGCAGCAGCCAGAGUCAGAACUUGCCCAGCAGUGAAGGCUUACCUCCUGGUUGGAGUAUGCAGAGAGCGCCCAACGGCAGGAUAUUCUUCAUAGACCACAACAAGAAGACCACCACGUGGAUAGAUCCCAGAACCGGUUGCGCGUCCAGCCUGCCCAGCGCGGAGGCGGGCGGUGCGGGGGGUGCGGGGGAUGGGGACGAGCUCGGCGCCCUGCCCGAGGGCUGGGAGGAGCGCGUCCACACCGACGGCAGGAUAUUCUUCAUCGACCACAAUACGCGUACCACACAAUGGGAGGACCCUCGCCUCUCCAACCCUCAAAUCGCUGGACCGGCCGUGCCUUACUCGAGAGAUUACAAACGGAAAUACGAAUACCUUAAGAGUCAACUUCGUAAGCCUAACAACGUGCCAAACAAGUUCGAGAUAAAAGUGCGUCGGAACUCGAUAUUGGAAGACUCGUACCGCAUCAUCAGUUCGGUCAGCCGCCUGGACCUGCUCAAGACUAAGCUGUGGGUCGAGUUUGAAUCUGAAGUGGGGCUAGAUUAUGGCGGCCUCGCCCGCGAGUGGUUCUUCCUGCUGUCGAAGGAGAUGUUCAACCCGUACUACGGCCUGUUCGAGUACUCCGCCAUGGACAACUACACGCUGCAGAUCAACCCGAACAGCGGUGUGUGCAACGAGGAGCACCUCAACUACUUCAAGUUCAUCGGCCGCGUGGCGGGCAUGGCCGUGUACCACGGGAAGCUCCUGGACGCGUUCUUCAUUCGACCGUUCUACAAGAUGAUGCUGGGUAAAGCCAUCGAUCUACACGACAUGGAGUCCGUGGACUUGGAAUACUACAACUCUCUGAUGUGGAUCAAGGAGAACGACCCGUCGGAGCUGUACCUGACGUUCGCUGUGGACGAGGAGCAGUUCGGCAAAACCGUGCAGAGGGAGCUGAAGCCGGGCGGCUCCAACAUACCCAUUGACAACGACAACAAGCUGGAGUACAUCAAGCUAGUGAUAGAAUGGCGGUUCGUUAGUCGAGUCGUGGAGCAGAUGGUCGCCUUCCUGGACGGGUUCGGGGCGCUGGUGCCUCUGCCCCUGCUGAAGAUCUUCGACGAGCACGAGCUGGAGCUGCUGCUGUGCGGGAUCCAGCACAUCGACGUCCGAGACUGGCGCGCCAACACGCUGUACAAGGGAGACUACCACGCCAACCACCUCGUCGUGCAGUGGUUCUGGAGGGUGGUGCUGUCGUUCUCCAACGAGAUGCGGUCCCGGCUGCUGCAGUUCGUGACGGGCACGUCGCGGGUGCCCAUGAACGGCUUCAAGGAGCUGUACGGCUCCAACGGGCCCCAGCUCUUCACCAUCGAGAAGUGGGGCUCGCCCGAGAACUACCCGCGCGCGCACACCUGUUUCAACCGUAUCGAUCUACCGCCAUACGAGAGCUACCAGCAGCUCAGGGAGAAGCUGAUCAAGGCCAUCGAGGGCUCGCAAGGGUUCGCCGGAGUCGACUGAACGACGUCGCCAAACCGAGACCCUGAUCAACUAACAAAAGACAAGAACUGAAGGGCAUGACUGAGGCUGUGUUCAGGGUACAAGCGAGACGAACCCGGGCCAAGGAUUGUGCUACAAAUAUUAAUUAUUUUUAUUUACACCGUCUGGUGUUCUUUCAAAAAAUUAAUUAAUUACCUUUGUUUCGAUUCAACGCAAAAUAUAAUAUUUUAUUUGUUCUCAUAACACUUGUGUACUUAAGUGUACUUAAGUGCAAACUUCAAGGCGUAUCUACAUUUAGAAGACAUUUCGAUCUCGGGGCGUGCGCGGGACAUUCGUGACGGAACACAUAAUUCACUUGUAGAACUAACGUUUUAGUAGAUGCAUCAGCGCUCGCGCGGGGACAUUGACCCCACUCUUUUUAUGACGUCACCCUCAAAAUAAAACAUCUGUUUGUAUUGCAUUUAAUGUCAUUGCGUGAGCACUAUGAUCGACCUUUGUUCAAGAGGCGGUAAAAAUAAUAAGCUAAAAUCUGAUUAAGUGUUCUUAAAAACCUUUCGCAUGUCCACUUCAAGUCUAUAGUAUAGUACGCUUCAUAAUUAAUAUUUAUCAAUAACAAAAUUUAGUAACUGUAUAAAAAGAUAUGGGUUCGCAUUUCUAUAUUGCGACGAAUUUUGCGCGCUUCUUACACGCGUGCACUCUAUCGUGUAGCAAUAAGACUUAAAUUUAAAUAUAACAAGAUUCUGUUAUGUUGGCCAUAAUCAGAAAUUGAGGGGACGAAUUAAGUAAGGAGUUUAGUCGUCAACGAAUUUCUGUGAGCAAUAGUAACUCCGGCGCUAGUUUUUGCUAUAAAAAAGUUUUUUUUUAAUUUACGUUCCAUAGAGUUUUUAAUGCCCUCCCAUACUUUACAAAUAGUAUCUAAAUUUAUAUAAAAAUAAUAAUUAUUAUUAUUAUUUAAAAUGCAUGGUGCAUUUUAAACAAUUAUAUACAUUAAUUCCCUUGCAGUAUCGAAAUGUAACGCAUAGUUGAAUUGUUCAGAAGGAAUUUUCAUUAUUUUUAUUU